UGAUGAGGGACAUCCUCAUCACACACACCCAAGGUGGCGCUGUGGUGCACUGCUCAGCAGGCAUUGGCCGAACUGGCACCGUGCUCUUAGUUUUGCUGAUGCAUGAGAUGCUGACCAUCAAUGGUGACGUUGAUCCCGUGCAGGUCCUGAGACGCCUGCGCGAGUGUCGUGCACGACUGGUGGAGAAUCAGGCCCAGUAUAACUUCGGUCUCGAGGUUUUUGAUGAAAUCCUCUAUGGAGCACAGACAAUGACUGCUCCGUCUAUGCUAGCUACUGCACUACCACGCCUUCUGCAGGACAGCCACACUCUGUACGCGAGAGCAAAGGCACUGCCAACAGGCCUGACCUUCCGCAUCGGCUCUCAGGCCAGCGUGGCGAACCUGAAUCGGUCCCAAGACAUACUCCCAGCAGACAGUCGUAGCAUUUUCCUGAACACUGGCGAUGGUCAGAUCUCCUCUCAGUACAUAAAUGCUGUGCGAAUAAAUGGACUUGAUAAGCCAGACACUCUCAUUGUGACUGAGCAUCCUCUGCAAAGUUCAGUGCUGAAAUUUUGGCAUCUUGUAAUAGAGAAAAACUGUCUUUCCGUAAUACUUCUUAACUCCUUUGAUGUAUCUGAACAGAUGGAGGAGUUUCCAGCUCUAAUACCGGAGGAUUAUUCCUGCUUCACGAUAGGCUCGUACAGCAUCCAAACUCAACAUUUCCAGGAGUACGAGGCGGUUAUCCAGUAUUCUCUGAGUAUAACAACGGAAAAGAAUACAGAACACAAAGUUGUAGUGUACCAGGUGCGAGACUGGCCUCGUACCAGUGAUGUGCCAAAUAACCCUGCCGCCCUCCUCACUGUAGCAGACUUGGUGCUCUCUGGACCAACGAAUGACGGUCCAAUGCUGCUGUGUUGUGCGGAUGGCGCCACCGCAUGCGGGCUGAUGGCGGGCGUUAUUCUCACCGUGGAACGCCUUCAAACGUACCAGGAAGUUGAUGUUUACCGCACUGUGGUAAGACUCCUGCGCUGCCGGCCGCAGUUCUGCACUUCCGUGGUCCAGUUCGACUCGCUGUACCAAGCUGCUCUGAGCUACAUCGAGAACUACGACACAUACGCCAACUUCAGUGGCUGAGAUCGCAGUGCCUCUCGGGAAGACGAGGGAGUGAGGCUGGACAAGGAUAAGAACAUUUUGCACUUUACAUCACUUGAGUAUUUCUGAAACGAGGAACUCAGCUCUAAGUACAAAAUGUCUAAGAGUAAGGAAAUUCUCUCACAUGAACAUGAGAGAACGUACUAGGUGAAACGGAGACAAAGCAACAACCAAGAAUUGCUUCAUAUUCAUUCUAUUUCUAUAUCUGAGGCAUUGAUUAUCCCUUCCAUAUCUUCUGUGAAAAGAAAAAGAAAGAAAAAGUAAUUUCCUUGUGACUCGUCGGUGCCAGACACACGAAAUACUGUAUUUAUUAGGAAAACAACAUACUAAUGUCAUUGUUAUGGAACUUCCCAUUACGAACUUAAUUGUUUUAAUAUGUUUUUCGUUUUCUUCUUUUAUUAUUAUUUGUAUCAUCACCAUUAUUGUUAUUAGUAGUAUUGCUGUUAUUACUAAUUCUACGAUUUCCCUUUUUCUUACAGCCAUUAGUUAAUACAUGUACGUUUAUGAUGACUGUAGUGCCUAUUAAGUAUCAUUGUCAUCAUAACCAUAAUCGUCAGUAAUAUUAUUGUAAUGAUAGCAUACUAACCCCGAAGCAGAGUGUGAAUGUAAAUAUAUUUUUACUGUUCUUUCAUAAUUCCAUCCACACAAUCCUUUUGUACUUGUAAGGAAAAAGAAAAAAAAAGUGAACUGAUAUGUACCUUUCACUCGAAAUGCGAAACAGGAGUAAAGGGAAUACACAUUAAUGUCUUGAUACCAUUUCUUCAUCUCCCGCCAGAGCGCAAAAAAAGCCAUGUCAAAGAGAAAUGCUUUUGUUAAAAUAAGGACUUUCAGGCAUUUCUUAACUUUCCAGGUCAAUUAUUCCCUCUUGUUAGUUGUGGACCCAGGGAGGGAGUGGGGACGGGAGGUACUGUCCUUUAGACUGACCAGUUGCGUCCAUAAGGGUCAGGCUGCAUUAUAUUGAGAAAUGUAUAAAUAAUGUAAGAGACUGUUCAUAUCAUAGACACUUCGGACACCUUACACAGAGAGCUGGACCAGUAUUAUGGGCAGCCAAUCACCGUCGAGCAAUCUCGCGCCGCCGUCGAAUUGAACGCUUGUUAUCUGGUACACGAUCCAGGUAACAAAGUACUUUCCGAAAUUGUAUUCAUAAUGUAUUGUUUCAUUUCUUUGUUUGUACAUUAUAAAAUUUUACAUUUUUGAUUACUGAAAGCAUAGAUCCACUGAUGUCAAGUUAACAGCCUUAAUUACCAUGAAAAUAGAUUUUCUUUUCAAAAUGUCUUCUGAAGGGGAAAACGUUGCUGGGAAGCUACCAGUCUCCUCAGUUCUCUCUCACCCUGUGCCUGCCCACACGCGCAGGGCAGGCACAACAGUCCUGUAAAACGUGACGUUACAAGCGAGUAAAUAUACAACGGGAAAGUAUUUGUUUAUUUUUGCCCAGUUGUUAUGUGAUAUCUCUAACCGUGGCCGCCGACCACGACCAUGCUCGUGUGACUACCAUCUCCCGGCUCCCGUCCCCAGUGCUCACCCUCUUGUAUUAUUAUGAGUGGCCUCCUCCCCUACUGGAUCCUUCUACUCAUUUUUUAGACAGUGUAAUGAACUUGUACUGUAUGGGAAUAAAAUGUAGUUGUUUUCUUAAA